AUGGAGAUAAAUCCGUUAAGUAUAAUUCUUGUGAAAAGUGAUAGUAAAGGUGAUAGACUUUUAUUUCGAUAUCCACAUGUAGCAAAAUAUAUACGAGAUUCUAAUCAAUGUACUAAAAGAAAAAAUCCUUAUUCCCUCACUAUCACAGAAGAUUUAUUGCAGUCUUUACCUUUUCCAAUUUCUAAUAUAAGUAAUGGAAAUUUAACUGGAGUAACUGAUGAAGUAUUAUCAACGUUGUUUGCUGUUAAACCAGAAUUAUGUGAACAAAAAUUUGAAUUAAAAGUGAAUGAUGUUCGUUUUGUUGGACAUCCGACUUUAGUUCCAUCUCAUAGAAUGAAGGAAGUUAAUUCUUCGAUGCUUUUUAAUAUAGUUUUUGCUCUUCAAGCACAAGCUAGUCAUUCUAUUGUAAAAUGUUAUUAUGAUUUGAGUAGAAGAUUAGGCAUAGCUUUAAGACAUGAAGAAAAGAGGUGUGGAUUUUUAACAGAAGAAAUAAAGAUUAUGGUAUCUACUCAUGAUGAAGUUGCUACCAGAUCAGAAGGCGAAAGUGAUUGUGAUGAAUCACCAUAUGAAUUAAUAUUGCAGAGAAGUUCACUUGCACGUGAUUUAAAGUCUGUGUUCAGUAGUCUCACUACCUCUGGUAUAAUUAAUAUUAUGAUUAAUAAAUGGAUUCAAGUACGUUUCUGUCUUCCACAAAAGGUUCAUCAAUCUCACAAAAAAGGACUUAUCAUUAAUCCAGAAAUAAUAGACAGAUGUUUAAACAGUUUAAGACCUUAUCAUGGUAUAUUGUUACUUAUUGAACUGUCAGAUUUACUGGAUUCACUGCCAAUAGAUUCUUCUCCAGCACUUAAACGUCUAAUUCAAAUGUAUAGCCCUUUGAAAAGUUUACAAACUUUAGCUGCUGAUUCUGAUUUAACACUAACUCAGGUUUUUCAAUUAACUGGACACUUAAUAUACUGGGCUAAAGCUACUAUAAUUUAUCCUCUUUGCGAAAGCAAUGUUUAUGUUGUAUCGCCAGAUGCUUUCAUUACAAAUCAAUUACUAGAAGUAUUUUCUGAAGAAUUUCCAGGACUUUGCUUAUUACAAGUUCUCAGUGAUUUUUCAUUACCGACAUCCAUUAGUCAAAAAUUAAAUCCCUUGAGUCAAUCACAACAACAGACACAGUUAGUAAAAAUAAUAAUAUGGUUAUUAAAGAAUCAUUUACUUUUACAAUUACAUACAUAUGUACAAUAUAUGCCAACUGUAUAUGGUCGAGUAUCGUUGGAUACAAAAGAUGAAUUGAAUCAUAAUUUAAAUGAAAUCACAGAAAAUAGUAAUGUAUGGAACUUGAGUGAUAUUUCAAAAGGUACUACAACUGAUAUAAACGAAGAACUAACAAUGACACUUUGUAAAGAAAAUGGAAUAUAUAAUUAUCAAUCAGAAGAUUAUGAUAUUCCUUCUGAUGAUAGAAAAUUACUAGAUAGACUGUGCCGUCUUGGUUACUUUAACGGAGACCAUCAUUUAGAAGAAAUUAUGUAUUUAGAAAAUAUUCGAAGGUCUCAGUUAUUGCAAAUUUUAGAUAAAUUUCGAGACAUAUUGAUUACCUGUGAAUGUGAAGACCCUGCUAUAGCUCUUUUCUAUAGCCAGUUUGCCUCUUAA